AUGAACCCAAAGAAAUGCGCAUUCGGAGUCUCAUCUGGCAAGUUCCUGGGCUUUCAGGUACACCAGCGUGGUAUAGAUGUGGAUUCUGAGAAAACCAAAGCCAUAUGCUCUCUUGCACCACCUAAGAAUCCAAAGGAGUUGAAAAGUUUCAUGGGAAGAUUGUUAUACAUUCGGCGUUUUAUUCCAGGCCUCGCUGCAAUGAUGAGUGUUUUCACUCCUCUCCUUAAAAAAGGGAAGCCAUAUAUAUGGAGCCAGGGAUGCCAAGAAGCUUACCAACGGGUACAACAACUGAUCACCAAGCUGCCCACGAUGAAGGCACCUAUUCCAGGACUUCCACUCAAACUUUACUUGGCUGCGACGAAUGCUGCGGUUGGAGCUUUGCUUGCGCAGGAUGGCCAUGACGGGGAGGAAAGCCCCGUUUAUUAUGUAAGCCGACAACUGAGGGGAGCUGAAGCAAGGUACCCCAAAAACGGAACUCUUAUGCCUUGCUCUUGUCUAUGCUGCGCAGCGCUUGCGACACUACUUCCUUGCUCACAAGUUACAACUCAUAGUAAAGUCCGAUCCCGUAAGAUAUCUGCUCACAAGGCCGGUAUUAUCCGGUCGUCUCGCACGUUGCUCUAUUCCGAAGUAGAAGGAUCAACCCUUUCCAAGGAAGUCCUGGGAGAGCUGCCGGAAAUGGUUGCUACUGUUACAGAGGAGGAACCAUGGACCCUCUACUUUGAUGGGUCUUCCACAUCAAAAGGUGGAGGGGCAGGUGUUGUGCUCAUUAAUCCCUAUGGGCAAGCUACGGCUCUCUCAUUCAAGCUAGACUUUCCAUGCACGAAUAACGUGGCAAAAUACGAAGCUUUUAUUGUGGGAUUGUCCACAGCAAGAGAAAUGGGCGCAGAAAAGGUGAAGAUCAUCUGCGAUUCGAACCUGGUACUAAGUCAAUUGCAAGGAAGCUUUGCGGUGAAGGAAGCAACCUUGGCACCAUAUCGGACAGCUGCUGAAAGGCUCAUUAAUUCCUUCAAGCAAAUCGUGAUGGAGCACAUUCCAGGAGCCACCAAUAGGUACGCUGAUGCUUUGGCCACAUUGGGAUCAAAGCUCUCAUUUGUGCAAGAACAGCCCAACAUCACCGUGAUAAGGAGAAGCACACCAGUGGUCGAAGCAAUGGCCCAGGGGGACCUGCUGGAAGAGGAUGAUUGGAGGAAGCCACUGAAGAAAAAAUUAGGUGAGGAGAGCAGCAUUAAAGACUUGAAAGACUAUGUGACUAUCUUUGGGGAACUCUACAGACGUCUUCCGGGAGGUGUUCUGACCCGGUGUGUUGGGAUGGCAGAAGCAAGAAGGAGGUUGCAAGAGGUACACGAUGCCACUUGCGGCUUGGAACCAGUAAUCAGCCUGUACCGGCGCUUGCAACGCAAAGGUUAUUAUUGGCCAGAGAUGAAGAAGCAAGCAGCUAAACUACAAUCCGAUUGUCCCACCUGUUCUACGAUACCCUCUACAGAGGAGUCAUUCACUGUUUCAUUUGCAGAAGAUUGGCGGGCUCCAUACUUGGCAUUCUUUGUUGGAGGAACUCUGCCGACCAACCCCAAGCUUGCCUAUAAGCUCAAAAAGACCAUGAAGAGGUAUUUUGUUGAUGGGUCAACUCUCUAUCGGAAGGGGUUUAAUGGUGAGCCAUUAAAAUGCUUGGGAGAAUCAGAGGCACGUCAAGCCAUGCAAGAGAUACAUGCGGGAGAGUGUGGAGAGCACCAAGGAAUGAAGAAGCUUCACCGACAGCUACUAAGCAUUGGGUAUUAUUGGCCUACCAUGAAGAAGGAUGCACAUGACUUUGUUAAGAAAUGCCACACAUGCCAAAUCUAUGCUAAUCUAAGCCACAAACCUCCUACAUUGCUGCAAGACAUGCGCACUCCCUGGCCUUUCCAUACUUGGGGGCUUGAUUUAAUUGGGACAAUCCAUCCCCCUUCCGAUGGCUACAUAUGGAUCCUCACCGCUACGGAGUAUUUCACGAAAUGGGUUGAGGCAAUUCCCCUUCGAAAGGCCACAGGAGCUGCUGUCUCGAAUUUCAUUCGGGAAUACAUUGUGUGUAGGUUCGGAAUCCCAUACAAGAUGGUCACCGACAAUGGCACACCUUUUGUUAACAAGCAAGUGAGUUCAACCCUUAGUGGGUACGGUAUCAAGCAUCGUCGCUCUACGCCUUAUUACCCGCAGGGAAACGGUCAAGCGGAAGCUACCAAUAAGACGAUAUUGAGGAUUCUAAGCAAGAUGGUAUAUGAGUAUCAAGGAGGCUGGAGUGUUCACCUGCCGGAUGCUUUGUGGGCUUAUCGCACCUCACCAAGGAGCGCUACAGGUUUUUCACCUUACUCACUUGUGUACGGAUCUGAGGCUAUUUCACCCGUGGAAAUCACCAUUCCAACAGCCAGGAUAGCAGCUGUCAAUGAUCUUGAAUGGGAUGCAAAGACAUGCUCAGAUUGGCGUUUGCUAGAUCUCGAAGCAGUUGAUGAGAAAAGGAUGGAAGCUGAAAGAAGGAUGGCACUUUACAACAAGACUGUUGCCCAAGCCUAUAACAGGACCGUUAAGCCUCAAGCCUUCAAGCAGGGAGAUCUCGUGCUAAAAGUCGUUGAACAUGUGAGAAGGCCAAUGUCAGGACCUUCCAAAUUUGCCCCACAAUGGGAGGGUCCAUUCGCAGUCAAGGAGGUACACAGCAGCGGUUAUUAUCGCUUGAUCUCUGUCAAGGAAGGCAUGCUAACAGAUCCCAUCAAUGGAAAAUGGCUCAAGCCCUACUACUGCUAA